AUGACUCGUCGCGCAUCUGCUGCCGCCGCCGCAGCUGCCGCUGUCUCCGCAGUCGCCGCAGACCUCACCCGCAUCACUGCCCCAGCCAUUCCGCUCCCAGUCAUGCCGCACACGUCGGCUCUCUCUGAAUCGCACAGAUCCCCAUCCCCUAUGGAUUCCGUCACAUCCCCAACGACAUCCGAAGUCUCUGGCGAUGCAUCUGACCUUAGUUCAUCAACCUCGUCCGUCGAUGAUCAUCGCUCCGCCUCAUGCCCUCAGAUCAAGGCACACAUUUCCACUGCUACCAAUUCCUGCCACUCUACUGUCCGCAGUGAAUACCAGAAAGAGCAGCCUAGCAUGGAACCUGCACUGAUCGUCGCGCAGACCUCAGCUUCAUCUAUGCAUGUAGAAGCUGUCACUCCGGAACUGUCGAGACCAACUCGACCGGAUUCUGGGUUUGAAAAGCAAAUGUCUCAGUUUUUGUCUGCUCCGCUCCAUACAUGCAACUCGAAAAGUCCCUUUUCCACCGCUGAGGCAUCCAGGUGUGCAUCGAACACUGCAAAGAGCAAAAACCGAAAUGUUGCGGCCCAGAAGCGGCGCACGCCGGGGCUUCCAGUGGUGAAGACUGCGUACACUAAGAAGGAGCGUCAUAGUAUCGUGGCCAAGUGCACUGAGCCGCGGCCUGGGCAGACGCGGUACUGGACAGAGGAGGAACAUGAACGGUUUUUGGAGGCAGUGGCCGAGUAUGGAGAGAAGGCGUAUGUAGCGAUUUCGAAUUAUGUGGAGACGCGGACGCCCAAGCAGGUUCGCACGCACGCGCAAAAGUUUCAGAUGAAGAUGGCGCGACUCGCCAAGCAAAGCAUUGAAGCUGGAGAGCCGAUUCAGAUGCCGGCUGGGAUGAACCCCGUGGUGCAGGUGCCGACGGCCGAUGGCAAGUCUACGCUAGUGCCGCUGGCGGCAGACGGACAGGCGAAUCAUGUGCUUGCUAAGCUGGGGAACGUGAUGUCUGGACAUGUUCCAGUGAUGAUGGCGCCGCCGCCGAGGCGCGGGGAAGGGAAGAAGCGAACGGGACGCAAGUGUGGAAAUGGGAGCAAGAAGGAGAAGAAGGCGGGAGUAAGCAGGGAUGCGCUGGUGAAGAUGUCUUCUUGUGUCUCUGAGGAAAUGUCGGAUGAGAACGCAUCGGGACAGACAGAUCCGUAUAUGGAGUAUAUUGGAGGGGCUUCAGAUCCGAAAGUGGAGAUGGAGCUGGAGCAUUCAUUUGCUGCCAAGCUUCAGACGUUGAAUGGAGGAGGACAUGUGGUAGAAGGUGGUCGAGAGGGAGAAUUUUUGAUGUCGGAUGAGGGGAGCAACGACUCUCGAAGAGUGGACAAGGAUGAUGAUGACCUCGAGGACUUGGACAAACUGGACGAUGGAGAGUUUGCGCUAGCAGCGUUUACGAACACUGAGGACAACUGGCUGCUGCCGGAUGUUCUUGCAUGAAGGAGGAAAAAAAUGAUUUUGGUGUGUUUAGGAAGAGGGGUUUUGUUGAGUCGGGGAGGGGGGGUUGGCGGUGUGCGUUUUGAGAUUGUGCAUGUCGAUUGCCUAGUUUGGCUGCGGUGUUGUUGAGCAAGACGGUUUUUAAUCGUGAAUGAACAUAUUUUUACAGACUGUUUGGCAUUCCCAGUCGAGAUAAUCUGCAGGAUAUUAAAAAAAGUGUCAAGAUGUUUUCUUUAAUG